AUGGCGGCGCCAAGGUUUCUUGACCUGCCCCUAGAGAUACGGUUUGAGAUCUACCGUUUGGUUUUUGGCCAUGGGAAGGCCGUGGUCGAGGCCAAGAGCGAGGAUGAUAGUGGUGCUCUGAUGCCCCAGCUGGCACGGUUCGAGAACCACUCGCCCAGGUCGUCUCAGCUGUUGAGAGUCAACAAGACGAUCCUACUAGAAGCCCGUCCCGUCCUCUAUGCCAACACGGUAUUCCACGUCAUCAGCCACGCCUUCGCCGGAAGGUUGCCAAUUCGCAUCACCGACGGUCAUCCAUGUGCGCCGCAUAUUCAGCAUCUGAUCUGGCAGCUCGAUUGUGACCUUCUGAGGCAUUUUUACGCGGAAGAUCUCCAACUUGACCUGGAUGAAGUGGCCCACUGGAGCAGUCUUGAAAUUCGAUGUCGAGCCGAAACGUGGCGGAACUCGUAUCUGGGCGAAUGGUGCGACCGCGAAGCUUUUGUGAAAGGCAGGGCUCAGAUCCUUGAGUACGCCCAAGUAUUUCACCAUGCCAUGAGCCGGAGUGGAGGGAGAAUCACCUUUGCUGAAGACCGGAGGCAACUAGGCAGGGGACGUAUCAUCCUGAGGUUAAAUACCGGCUGGGUGGCUUCCGUGCAGCAAAAGUCUGCGGAAGAGUUGUUGGUCAUCGCCGGCCCCUAA